GGGAGGGCACGGACAUGGCGAGGCAACACGCAAAGACGCUGUGGUAUGACCGCCCACGGUAUGUUUUCCUGGAGUUCUGUGUGGAGGACAGCACAGAUGUUCAGGUCAUCAUCGAGGAUCACCGAUUGGUGUUCAGGUAUCUGAAUUUUGGCAGUUGCAAAAACGCAGAUGGAGUAGAAUUCUACAAUGAGAUCAACUUGUAUGCCAGAGUGAACUCCAAGGACUCACGAGAGAAGCGCUCUGACCGCUCCAUCACGUGCUUUAUGAGGAAGUGGAAGGAGAAAGUGGCCUGGCCCCGCAUCACCAAGGAAAACAUCAAGCCAGCCUGGCUCUCCGUUGACUUUGACAACUGGCGAGACUGGGAAGGGGACGAGGAGGUGGAGAGGGCCAUGGUGGAGGAGUAUGCAGAGCUCCUGCAGAAGGUGACGGACAAAGCACCCCCUCCGACCAUGGAUGACCUGGAUGACGACCUCUGAAGCACGGCUCCACGGAGCAGCGCACAGCAACGAGCAACGGGACACAGGCGAGGAAAGCGGAGCCCCGAGGAAUGACGCCGGUUUGCGGCAGAGCGCGGCGGAGCCCAAUGCACGGCGGCGAGAGCCGCAGGCUCUCC